CACGAGGCGAAGAGCCCAUAAGAAGAGCCGUCACGCCGUGGACGAUGCCUGUCUGUCCAGACACUUUGCCUACCGCUGUGUGCUUUCUAACCAUCUCAGGGGCAAAAGCCGAUCUCGCCAGGAAUAUUCCAACCCGUCUGUUCGGCACCCUUGUCUUGUCUUGUCUUGUCUUGAUCGAGCUGUUAGAGUCUUGCCCUGCAGUUGGAAAAUCAAACCUUGCGUUCCCAUAAUCAUGAAACCAUCACUCGUCGUCACCCUGGCACUAUGCCACGUCCCGUCCUCGACCCUCGCAUACCCCGGCAUGGCCGAGACACUCGCCGACAUCCAGGCCAGAACGCAAGCUGGCGGGAGCGGCAGCGGCACGCUUGAAGGGCGGUCCACCGACCUGCUCGGCGACCUUCUCUCGAGCGUGGCCACCGCCAUCGGCACCACCAUCGCCGGCAUCCUCAAGGGCACCGCCUCUGCCGUCGCCGACGCGGUGACCUACAAGGCCCCCGGCGCCCUGGGUUCCGACGCCUGCAACAAGGACAAGCUGUGUGUGUGGAAGUACAUCUCGGACGACCUGGCGUCGUCCUUCAACGGGUGCUCCGACCUCGCCCGCGCCGCGAUCCGGCUCGGCUUCCACGACGCCGCGACCUGGGACAAGUCGUCGCCCUACGGCGGCGCCGACGGGUCCAUUGUGCUCUCGGGCAAUGCGGAGUUAGGGAGGCUCGAGAACCGCGGGCUCUCGCCGGUCGCGGCGUUUGAAAAGUCCAUCUACGACAAGUACUCCCCUUACGGAAAACCCGGGAUGGCAGACAUCAUCCAGCUGGCCGCCAACGUCGCGACCGUCGUGUGCCCGGGGGGACCGCGGAUCCGGACCUUUGCGGGCCGCAAGGACGACAGCCGCGCCGGCCCGACGGGCAAGCUGCCCAGCCCCGUCCAGUCGGCCGAGGCCCUCAUCGCCCUGUUCCAGGCAAAGACGUUCACGGCGAGCGACCUCGUCGCCCUGCUCGGCGCCCACAGCACCAGCAGGCAGCAGUUCUUUGACCCCAGCCGCGCCGGCCUCCCCCAGGACUCGACGCCCCAGACCUGGGACACGAGGUACUACCAGGAGACGCUGUCCGUCCCGCUCGACAGCAGGAGCAUCGUCGUGUUCCCGAGCGACAAGAACAUUGCGACGUAUCAGGAGACCAAGGGCACUUGGAAUGGGUUUGCCGGGGUGGGAGGCCAGGGCCGGUGGGCUCGUGCCUACGCAUCCGCUUACUUCCGCAUGAGCAUGCUCGGCGUCACCAACAUGAACAACCUGUACGACAUCACCCGUGUGCUGCCUCUCCCGCGGUGAUCAGUGCACGCCGUCGUCGGGGGACUUUUAUUCUCCCCCACAGUAGUAGCCACGCAACCCAACGAUAACGCACAUGCGCCCGAGAUGACAAAACUAAUUUGGCACAAUAAUAUGGUCUAGUCUGGGGUAUCUGCUUCUUCUUCUUCUUCUUCUUCUUCUUCUUCUUCUUCUUCUUCUUCUUCUUCUUCUUCUUCUUCUUCUU